GAAGCGGGUGAGAAGUAGGUAUUUGUUUGUAGUUGCAGAACUUUUAGUAGAAGUCUUCUAAAGUAGAAGUGGUCUAUGCUGUGCCGAAAGAUUGACAAUUGUCUGCUUGUCUCGACUGGAAAUAUGGCUGUAAAAUAACCAAAAUCCCUUUGUUUGAAUAGCAAUGUUUUUGUAGUGAAUUAAAGUAGGUGAUAGGAUAAUCGAGGUGUCGAGGGGAGUGAUCAGGAAUUGAGGAUGAGCAGGAAGAACAAGAAUAAGUGUUUGAUUUGAGGAUAAUUAGAGUGGUGUGCGCGAAUUUAAAGAGGAGAAGUUUGGAUGAAGCAAACAGGUACGAGGUGAGUCGUGAGACGAAUAAUCCUGAACUAAAUGAGUUUUGGGCGGUUGAUUAAUUGUGUGCUGUUAAAAAAGAAAAGAAGGAAAUAUAGUAAAACUUGACUCAGUGCUAGGUAUACCUGCCCAACUAAUUAUAAAAUUACUGGUGCAUGAAUGUGUUGGUCCGGUACAGCGGAUAAUGCACACAACCUGACAAAAUGUUAGGGACAAUGCUCUAGAGCCAGCAAUGUCUAGUGCUGCAGUGGUAAAUUCCAUAAAAAUGCCGAUGUCUCGAACGCAACUGUUUCCUGUCUCCUCGCACGCAGCAUACAGCAUCCAGCAGCAACAAGAAGGCGUAGGUGGCAGCUUGCCGCCGCUGCACAAGAAGGAACAGAGCCCGCCAGCAGCCUCGACCGCCUCUUCUGCCAAUUCGGCCGGCCUACCGGAGUUAUCUUCCUCGGUGUCGGUGUCAUGCAACCACCACCUGGUGGGGAGGAACAGCAUCGGGGUGGUGGCAGCGUGCCAAGGCGGCCAGAUCAAAGGUCCGGUGGCCAGCGUCAACGUAACAGCUGCAGCUGUGGCGGUGGCGGCGGCAGCUGCGGCCGCGGCGGCAACCACCACGACUAGCAGCACCGCCACUCCUCCGGCUAGCACUGAACUGAUGAUAAGCACCGACUGCCAGGCCAAGACCACCAUGGUGGCCACCCCCGAAAGAGUCAUGAAGCUUUACGUGAACAAAUUGACCCCCUAUGAGCACCACGAGAUUUUCAACUACCCUCAGAUUUAUUUUAUCGGGGCCAACGCUAAAAAGCGACCAGGAAUCAUUGGUAACCCGAACAAUUGUGAUUACGACAAUGAUCAGGGAUCAUAUAUACACAUUCCUCAUGAUCAUGUAGCUUAUAGGUAUGAAGUUCUUAAAGUAAUUGGAAAGGGUUCGUUUGGCCAGGUUGUUAAAGCCUACGACCACAAAAAACACAUGCAUGUGGCACUGAAAAUGGUUCGGAACGAGAAAAGGUUUCACAGGCAGGCUCAGGAGGAAGUUCGUAUUUUAAAGCACCUCAGAAAACAGGAUAAAGACAACACCAUGAACAUCAUUCACAUGUUGGACUCUUUUACAUUUAGAAAUCAUAUGUGUAUUACUUUCGAACUUUUAUCAAUUAAUUUAUAUGAACUGAUUAAAAAGAACAAGUUUCAUGGCUUCAGUUUACAACUUGUGAGGAAAUUUAGUCAUUCACUUCUUCAAUGCCUGGAUGCUUUAAACAGGAACAAAAUCAUACAUUGUGAUAUGAAACCUGAAAAUAUUCUACUGAAACAGCAAGGAAGGAGUGGUCUUAAGGUAAUUGAUUUUGGGUCGUCGUGUUUCGUGCACAAUAGAGUGUUCACGUACAUUCAGUCGCGUUUUUAUCGCGCCCCGGAAGUGAUACUGGGCGCGCGUUACGGGAUGCCGAUCGACAUGUGGUCGCUGGGCUGCAUCCUGGCCGAGCUGCUGACCGGAUUUCCGCUGUUGCCGGGCGAGGACGAGGCCGACCAGCUGGCCUGCAUCAUGGAGCUGCUGGGCAUGCCGCCGCAAAAGCUGCUCGACGAGUCGAAACGAGCGAAAAACUUCAUCAGCUCGAAAGGUAUACCGCGCUACUGCAGCUGCUCGACCUUGGCCGACGGCACCGUGGUCCUCAGCGGCGGCUUGAGCAGGAGAGGCAAGCCGCGCGGACCUCCGGGCUCGAAGGACCUGCACCGCGCGCUCAAAGGCUGCGAGGACCUCUGGUUCAUCGAUUUCAUCGAGCGCUGCUUGGAGUGGGACCCCGACAACCGCAUGACGCCCGCGCUGGCGCUCAGGCACACCUGGCUGAGGAGGCGGCUGCCUCGGCCGCCCGGCGACAAGAUCAGCGAGCAAUCGAACAGCGCCGGCGUGCCGCGCUCGCCCAACCCAGCCGCCAACUCCAGAACGCCCAAGUCGACUGCCGGCCCGACGGCCAGCAGCACGCUGUUCGCUAACAACAAGGCCGUGCGCGUUCAGCUGGCCGACGAGCGCUCGGCCACGCUGAUGCACUCGGGGAAGCUGCCUCCCGUGACGUAACACGCGCGCUGAACAAUCCACCCGCCGCACCAAGGUAACUUGACAACUUUAUUCUACUGACUCAUUGACUCAUUGCAAAAUCACAGCAGAGGCAAAACAAGUGUUGUUGUUGUUCUUCUUCUUCUUCUUGUUGUUAUUGCUUUAUUCCCAUCCGAGGGGUCAACCACACCUAGGAAUACCUGGACAUUUUAGAGGGGGAAUACCAUAGGAAUACAAUGGGGGAAUCCCUGGACGUUUUUCCUUUGGGUGGUUGACCCCUCGUUCCCAUCAUAAUAUUAUUAUUGGAUUGUUCUGUCCGAAUAUCUGUCUCUCUUACAUCGAGCGAAAAUUAUUUUACAUUUGGUUCUAGGGAUUUGUUAUGAGGCUUCGUUUGUCUGUACAUUAUUUU